GAAGACCACGGUUAGUCCCAUGCAUAACGAAGCACCAGAUUCCCCCCACUGUCGUAUGACCGGUUCAAUCAACCCGGGAACUCAACAAUCCCAAAAGGCCAAAACCCUAGCUGAGCAGCCACUCUCUCAUUUCUCUCUCUAUCUCAUCUCUCUCACCACGCAGUUGGCGGUCGACUCCAUAGACGAAAGCGGCGAAGAUGAGCAAAGGUGCGGCAGCGGCGGGAGCCAAAGGCGGGAAGAAGAAGGGGGCGACUUUCGUGAUCGAUUGCACGAAGCCGGUGGAUGAUAAGAUUAUGGAGAUUGCUUCGCUCGAGAAGUUUUUGCAGGAGAGAAUCAAGGUCGGCGGAAAAGCCGGCGCUCUCGGGGAUUCCGUCACCGUAACUCGUGACAAAAGCAAAAUCACCGUCACCGCCGAUUCCGCUUUCUCCAAGAGGUACAUUAAGUAUUUGACUAAGAAAUACUUGAAGAAGCAUAACGUUAGAGAUUGGCUUCGGGUGAUUGCUUCCAACAAAGAGCGGAAUGUUUAUGAACUGCGCUACUUCAACAUUGCUGAGCAAGAGGGCGAGGAAGAAGAUUAAACGUGUGAGGGUUCUGAUGCUCCACUUUUUGGAUCAGUUUGUGUUGUUGAUUUUAUCGUUCAUCUCAAAAUUUUCUAAAUUCCCUAGAUUUUGAGCUUGGAUUUUUAGCUACCUUCUUGCUUUAUGUUGCCGUAUUUCGUAUAAUUAUUCAGCAGCAAUAGAUCACUUUUUGAAGAA